ACAUUGAAUGCACGCGAUUCUGUGAGGCAGAGGGGAGGCCCUUCCUCUCCAUCAAGCUGACUUUCGAGAGCGCACAGAGUAAAUGCUCCUUGCUGCCUUCUUUGACUCUUCCUCCAUCCAAAGUCUCCACCUUGCCUUCUAAAAGGGUCAGCGAAUCCUGAGCUCAUCCUCCCCCCAGGUCUCUUGUGUAUAUAUGCGAGUGGAAACCAGUGUUCUUGGACCCUUGUCCCUGCCUUCCAAGAGCGACGAGAAAACACCCAUCACAUAUAGAAGAUAUCUCUCUCUCUUUCUUCCCAAGGGGAAAUAGAGAAAAUAGAAGGAGGGUGACAUGGGGAGACCACCUUGUUGUGACAAAGUUGGUGUGAAGAAGGGUCCUUGGACUCCAGAAGAGGACAUCAUCUUAGUCUCCUACAUCCAGGAACAUGGCCCUGGGAACUGGAGGGCUGUUCCUACCAACACCGGCCUCAUGAGAUGCAGCAAGAGCUGUAGGCUUAGAUGGACGAACUACCUUAGGCCAGGGAUCAAGCGUGGCAACUUCACCGAUCAGGAGGAGAAGCUCAUCAUCCACCUCCAAGCUCUUUUAGGCAAUCGGUGGGCAGCCAUAGCUUCUUAUCUCCCGGAGAGAACCGAUAAUGACAUCAAGAACUACUGGAACACCCAUCUGAAGAAGAAGCUCAAAAAGCUUGAAACUGGCGUUGAAGGCCAGACAAGCACUGGGGUCUCAAGCCAUAACUCCAUCUCCAAAGGCCAGUGGGAGAGGAGGCUCCAGACUGAUAUCAACACUGCAAAGCAAGCUCUUUGUGAAGCUCUGUCUGUGGAGAAGCUCAAUUGCCUAUCUGACGUCAAGGCCUCCACCAAUGGCUACAACUGGAGCACUGCACCGUCGACCUAUGCAUCGAGCACCGCGAACAUAUCUCGGCUCCUCGAGGGGUGGACAAGGAAUUCAACAAGGACCGGUGCUUCCCAGGCUAAUUCAGGAUCCACACAGACUCAUGACACAGCUUCCAGCCAGGGGACGCCGAGCGCUGCCAACUGCAUCCUGUCGCCGGAGCCGCUUGAGUCGUUGUUCGGGCUCGAUGCCUCGUCGACGGAGGCAUCUGAGAGCAGCCUCCUGGGAGAGGAGAGAAAGCCGGUAUUCGAGGCUCAAGAGCCCCUCUUUUUUCUUGAGUCAUGGUUGCUUGAUGAGGGUGUUGGGCACGGGCAGUUGAGCCUUCUUGACAUGGCACUAGACGAUGCUCCUGAUCAAUUGUUCUAAAGCGGGUGUUGUUAAGCUUUUUUUCUUCUUCUUUUCUUUCACCUUUCUCCUUGGGGAGGUCAUGAACUAAUAUGCUUUGAUCGGAAAAGAGAUCCAUCGAUGCAAGAAAAUAAGUGUAAAUUACCUAGUUGCUCAUAUAGACAAUUAAUAUGUUACAUAAUCUAUCUCAAUAUUAUGGGAAUGUUUUCGGUCAA